CUUCGUUUGGUCUGUACCGUAUAUAUGAUUUAUCUGUGACAUAUGUUUAAUCUGUGACCUAUUUUUAAUCUGUGGAAGCUUGUGAGAUAAAUGGUUAAGGCUGUUUAAGGUUAAGUUCAUUAUUUAAUUUUUAAGAAACGUGAGGUAAAGCAAUAGCUUUAAAUGUUGUUUCUCUUUCAGAGCAACACAUGUGGUUUUGUUUUACCUCUAUAUCCAAGGAUAAUUAAAAACACAUUAUAAAACAACAUUUUUAUAGCUGGUUACAAAGAAUAAUGGAAAAAUUGAGAUUCGAGUUCGUGGUGAAAGCCAGUGACGAUGUAAAAACGAAUAUCAUCUGCGUAACGUCAAUCACGGAUAUAGAAGGCCACACCUAUGCGAUCCCAGAAAAGUUACAACCUGUUAAAUUACAUGAUAAGAUAACACAAACCCAGAUCUUUCAGAAAGUAAAAACUACAUUACAAAAACGACAUGAAAAGCGACAGGUGUGGAUAUCUAUGAAGCCAGAGAUGAAGGCUAUUUAUUGUGAUGAAGAUGGAAAUAAACAAUUUAUGGGAUACCUAUUGGAGGAACAAACAAAACUUCAAAGCUCUACUACAGAAUUGUCAGAAGAAUCUCUUGUAAGAAUCAUGGAGAAUCUUUCUAAAGUAAAGAAAGAUUCACCAAAAUCUUUUAAUAUGGCGAAAGUUGCAGAAAAAUUUGUUAUAGACAAAUUCAAUAGCAAGAUUACUAAUGUGUCGCAGUGGAUGACUAUUUUUGAAGCAGAAUGUGCACGUUUGGAAAUCGAAGAAGAUGUCAAGAAAAUUGAAGUUCUUAGGUUAUUUAUAGAAGAUUCGUGUUUAGACUGGCAUAGCUCUAUGCUCAUAAAGCACUCAAUAAAUUCGGAAUGGACAAUAUGGAAAAAAAACUUUUGUGAAACAUUCGCAGAUAAAGGUUGGUCACCGAUCAGGUAUGCAAUGUUAUUUAAAUAUAAACAGGGUUCGUUAUUAGAAUACGCAAUAAAAAAAGAGAGACUACUCUUAGAAAUAAAUAAGACUAUUGAUAAAGUCACCCUUAUUGAUUUAAUUGCAACAGGAUUACCAAACUUUAUUGCUGAUAAGAUUGAUAGGAAUAGUUUAAAAGAAACUGAAGACUUGUUUAAAAAUUUAAGGUGUUUAGAGCAUAUGGUAAACAAAAAAAAUUUUGAUAAAAAGAUAGGGACUUUGGAAAGUAAAAUUAAAGACAAAAAUGUUAAGCUGUCGGUUAGUCCAUGUAAAAUUUGUGAAAGAGAGAAUAAAGGUGUACGCUACCAUCCUGAAUCCCAGUGCUGGUUCAAAAUUAAAACUAAUGAUAAGCCAAAAAAAGACCAGAUAAGAAGUGUUAAUAAUUCGGAAUUGGAGAUUGAAUUAAAUGAAAUUGAUCCAAAAAACUAAUAGUGCCGCCAUUAAUAAAAAUUAAAAUAUUAAUAAAUGACACUUUGGAAACAACAGGAAUCUAUGAUUCAGGAUCUAAUGUGUCUUUAAUAAAUUCAAGGUUACUAUCUUUAACAAAAAUACCUACAUAUGAUAAAAAAGCAGGCUUAAAAACAAUUAAUGGCGUUAAAAAGUCGAUAGGAAUGGUAACUCUAAAAAUUAAGAUUUUCGAAAUAGAAAAACAGAUUAAUAUAUUUGUAAUAGAUGAAGACAACUUUGACUAUGACUUCUUAAUUGGGUUAGACUGUAUACAAAAAUUUCGUUUAACUCAAAAUGAGAAUUUAAGUAUCACACAGAGUAUCCCUACCAAUAAUAAUAAUAAUAAAGAAUAUAUAGAAAAUAAAGAAAAGCAACCUAUAAACACUAAAGAAAUUCCUGGCAGUUCAGGUAGUGACAUAGGAAAUAAACAAGAUAUGUAUUAUGAAAAAAAAGGUGUGGAUACUAUAAAGACAGAUAAUGAAUAUAAAAUAAACUUUAAUGAAAACAUAAUGGUUGAUAAUUUUGAUGUUUCAGUUAAUAAUUUGAAUCAUCAGGAGAAAUCUGUCAUUGAUAAAUUAAUAUGCAAAUACAAUUCAGUCUUUGCUAAAGACAAAUAUGAUAUAGGUACUGUAAAAGGAUAUGAAGCUCAUAUUGAUUUGUUGAUAGACAAAUACUGUAGCAAAAGGCCAUACAGGUGCUCUAUUGAGGAUAUGAAAGAAAUUGAAGAUCAAAUUUCAAAAUUACUUAAAAAUAACUUAAUUGAGGAAUCAU